AUGGCAUCAACAAAUACAUCGCAGGGGGACGGCCAUUUCUCUUUCGCAAAAGUUUGUCAUUCCAUAAAGGUGGUGUCUCAAGACCCUGAUACUGAUGAUUCACCCCAGAUUGCUGCUAUGCCUGCACCCCCUCAACCCCAAUCAUCCUCGAUAUCCGCCGUGAGCGACAACAAUGCUCAACCGGAGCACACAUUGACUUGCCCGGAACAACUCGACGCUGGUUCUUCGUUACCCAGCUCACGUCAUUCAACCACUUUUAACUCAAAAAGUUCCCCCGAGGAUUCCGUUGUCCAAGGCCUAGAAAUGGCAGUGCAGGAUAUCGAUAUCAACCUGCAAAAAGACCAUGAAGGUUCAUCAUUCUCAGUGGAUGACCAAGAGAGCGGCCUUCCUAAAAGAGACACUUAUUUCGACGAUGAUCGCACCCACCUAUCUACUUCAUCCACCAAAAUGACCAAUUUUGAUUCGAAAAGCCUAGCAUCGGUUACAACAUUCGCAAUGGACGAAAAAGACUCUGUGCGGCCCGAUGAUAGUGCCAGCGUUCAAGCCAUUGAUGAAGAGGAAUCUCUGUCGGGACUUGCAUCUGGUGCACCAAACUCGGUCACAGGCUCCGAGGCUGGUGGUCGCGGAUACCGGGAUCAGUUCCGAGACGGUAAUGGACAACGACCCCGUGGUAUUCUUCCCGUGUCUAGCCCGCUUUACAACGGUGGGAUUCAGCGGACUGUUGGCACCAUCCCCCCGGACUCUGUAUCCAACAAUUUUGUCAUUCCUGCCGACCCUGGUUGUAUACCAGACAACCCAGCCUUGCAUAGCUUUCCCCUUGAGCCAGAUGAGAAGCUGUUGGAGGCGAUGAAAUCUCCAAAGGACAGACUCAUGAUACUGCAGUUGGAGGACAAGAUACGUUGUUUUAUCCAAGACGACAGUGAACAAUCACUGGAACUACCACCUUCUAAUGCAUUUGGACGGCUUCUUGCACAUAAAUUGGGCGACUAUUACCACCUUACACACUUUGUUGAUAACAACGUGACAUCAGUCCGGCUUCAUCGGACACCCUUUUGCCGACUCCCCAUGCCCUUGUCCGAAAUUCAUGCGGCUAGCAAUACUACCCCACCCCCAACUCUUCCCGCUAUGAAAAUCAUGCGUCGAAAUGAUGGAGAGCGAUCUUACAACGAAGGUAGUGUGGGCGCGAGCUCAUCUGUACCGUCAAAGGCUCCCUCUGAAGCUGGUGACGGUCAAGAUUCAGGAUCCUCUGGAGAAUCCCCAGCCAAAGAUCGCCUGGCGUUGACAAGAGAGGAACGCGAGGCCAAAUAUAAUCAGGCUCGCGAGCGAAUCUUCCGUGACUUCCCCGAUAGCGCAAAGUCGGACACAGCAAGUGGCGAUUCCAACCCCAACAUGUCUCGUUCGAGCUCGACAACUGGACGCAAGAAGAACAGCAGACAACGAACGCCGCAUGACGAUGGUUUUGAAGCCCGUUCCCAAUUCAAUGCCUAUUAUCCUGGGGUACCGUACAAUAAUGGUUCGGCCCAGUAUGGUGGAGGUGCCAACGAUGCAUCUUACAACAACCAAGUACCUUAUCUCGUAGGGCCAGGUGUGCCACCGCCAAUCGGUGGCUUUGCUCCUUCCGGUGGGAAUAGCAUGCCGUACCCUGCAAACAUGGGCGGGAACAUGGGUGUGAACAACGUACCGCAGUAUCCAAUUGGGAUGUCGCCACAAAUGCCUUCCAAUGGCUCGUGGCAAGGAGGAAAUAUGCCCCAGCAAUCCCCAUUCCCGGGGUAUGCGUCUAUGAAUCAGCCUGGUAUGAUGAGCCAGCAAUCAUCCACCAAAUCAUCUCCAGCCAUGAGCAACUAUGCCAUCCCUCAGCAGUCUACUCCAUACCAGCAAUCCCCCGCCUGGAAUGGCCAGUCAUAUCAAGGCAAUUACCAGCAAGCCCCCCACCAUCAAGGUCUACAACAGCAAGCUCCCCACCCGCGGGCUCAAGCUCCCGUACAUUGGCCCCAAUACCCUGUUGCCCAAUCGAUGACCCCUAACAUGGCAUCGUAUCCUUAUGCUCAAUAUCCGGGCCAACAUUUAAAUCCUUCUCUUCAGAACCCAAAUGGUUCCCCGAUGUCUGGGAACAUGGCACGGUCUCACUUCAACCCACAGACACGUUCUUUUGUCCCUGGAGGCGCUCCAGUGACACGUCAUCCAAUGGCACCGUAUCAUAAUGGACCCCCGGGACCCCAGGGUCAAUGGACUGGAUACCCUGAUCCCGCUUUCAAUCGCAACAUGGACCAAGGCAACCAAGCCCGCCCUUCAAACUCAAUCUCCCGCGACUCAAUCGCCAAAUGGGGUACCCCGUCUCAUCUUCCCCCUAAACCUCCGCCAUCUGAAGUUCCAUCUGAAUUUGAUUUGAAACACCGAGCUGUGCCUAACGCAAUUUCCACAUCACCAUCGUAUCCUAACGGAAUGGUGGGAGCCAAGAAUGGCCCAUUUGUGGUUUCCGGAGGCAACCCGACUUCAAAAACACACUAA